CCCAUGCGACUCGGAGGCGUACCGGCUUCGCACAGCAGAAACAUCGCACUAUGGCCUCUCUCUGAGCCGCCUCAGACGAUACUUGUGUAUAUACCUAACCGGCAAUCCAUCACCAUCGACGCCUUGAUCAUGGACCUGCGGUCCAGAGGCUUUUCUCGGGGUCAUCGGAGUUGUCAAUAGUAUUCCCGAAGGACUAUAUUAUUUGAUUUUGAACACUGUCACUUUUGCACGCCUGGGGGUUUAAACCGAAGUGACAGUUGUAGCACUCUCCCAUCUGCCGGUUAGCUAACUAGCUCGCUAAGUCAUUAGCCAAGAAAGGGCAUCAUUUUUUUCUGUUGGAGUAAAAGGAAAAGGAAACUGCAGCACCACCCCUUUCAUUAACAGAAGACUAACCCGAGGCUGAAUCCCCGAGUUCCAACCUUGCAACACAGUAGCUGUUAAUUCCCGGAAGGCUGGCACCACAUCGCCACCCUAAUGAAGUACCAUAAAAGAACGUGAAAUGAGCAAACCACCACAGCCUAUAGCGGGACCUACUUCUGUCCCCAAUCCUGCCCCUUCCCCUGGAUUGGCACAGGCUGCCUACGGCCCUGGACAGCCAGCUUCUCUUGUUUUUGCCACCCCUCCACCUCCACAAAUGAACUCUGCACCGCAGCCAAGACAGUUUGCUACUGGGCCCCGUACUUUACAUCAACAGGGUGGAUACAGAGCAUUACAGAGUUACUAUCAGAACCGACCCACCAUGGCCGCCAGUGCUCCACGGGUACAGGGAAAUAGUGGCCCUCGACCUGUUACAGCUACUCAUGUCUACCAGCCCGGCUCACAAAUGAUGAUGAUUCCCCAGCAGCAGCUGCCUUUUGCCAGCUCUACUCAGAGCUACUUCAUUUCCCCUGGACAGUACCGGACCCCAUACAUGACUCCUACCCAGCAGUAUCCCGUGACCAGCGGCACAGCAGGCUUCUACCCAGGAACUAGCCCUGCUGAAUACACUCCUUAUGCAGGAGCAUACUAUCCAGCUCAGCCUCAGUACUCCCCAUCUGUCCAGCCUUCAGCGGUCAUGCUCUCCACCCAGCAACAGCAACAAGCUCCGCCUCCUCAGCAACCCCCUGCACAGUCACAAGGCCCACCGAAGAGAGAACGCAAACCGAUAAGAAUACGAGACCCCAACCAGGGUGGGCGUGAUAUCACAGAGGAGAUCAUGUCAGGUGGAAGGUCCUCCACCACACCGACUCCACAGGCACCAGAUGUAAGUCCUGCACAGACCAAUGGUGAAAUUGCUCAGCCUGCGACUACACCGACGAGAAGAGAUGAAAAUGCAGAGCACCCUGCUAGUGUUGAAACCCCUCCUCCUUGUGCUACGGCAAAUGCAGAGCCUGUGUUGGAGUCCAAACAGGAAGUGGACAGCCAAAUAGCACCGCCUACUGAGUUAGCUGCACAAUCUGUAGCCCCUGUAGCUACUACUGAGGUGCCAUGCACACUGAUAAAGGACCAGCAGUCUCCCCCUUCCCUCCCUCCAGGAGCACCGUUGACCACUACUCCUGCUGAGGUAGUAAAUAAAGUCAGCACCAACGUUGGCGAUACAGUUGACGCUCCUGUCGCAACGUCACAAUCUUUAGCAGCGCCAGAAGCUCCUGUGAAAAUGGAGGAACCACUGGCUGCUCCAGCUCAAGCUGAGAAUGCUCCAGUAAAAGAAGAAACAAAAACAGAGGAAGUCAAAAAAUUGGAAAAAGAAGAGCAGGUGCCCAGCACUAAGUUGGAGCCUGCAGUUGAGGUUGCAGCAAUAGUUUCCUCUAAUGUGGAGAAAGAAGAAAUGGCUCCAAAAACAGCACCUGAAGUUUCCCAGCCUCCCCCACCUGUAUUGGAAUCUGCUGCCCCACAGACCCAGAAUGCUGAUCUGUGCUCUACCCCUGAGCCUGAAUCUACACAAGUCGAGACAGCAGAGCCCGUUCUCCCCAACGGUCUUCCUCAGGAGACCGAAGAACUGCCCAAGGAUAAUGAAUUUUCAGACACUACACCCCACAAAAAGCCAGAAGCUUCUCAAUCUCAGGAAUCCACACCUAUGGCUAAAACAGCAACAGCAGCCCAGGAGGUGAAGGAAGAGGCCGAAGAGAAGGAGGAAGAGUGGAAGAAGACAAGUGAGGAUACCCCUCCUGCCUCUGUUAGCUGCCCAGAAGAACCUACUAUGCAAGCUGCUACGUCUGUGCCAAAGAAGAGGAAGAACAUGAAAGAGUUAAACAAGAAGGAGGCCAUCGGUAACCUCCUGGAUGCCUUCACAGAGGAGCAAGGUGCCAAGCCUGCCUCUGAACCCUCGUCCACUCAGGCCAACCCUCCAGCUCCAGCUCCAGCUCCAGCUCCAGCUCCAGCUGAACCUCCUGCUGAAGUGGCAGAUGAGACCUGGGAGCAGAAAGAGGACAAGCAGAAUGCAGAACCUGACAAGUCUAAAGCCACACCUGAGCCAACUGAGCAGAAAUACCAAUUCAAACAAGAACAAUGGAAGCCGAUAAACCCAGAGGAGAAGAAGCGGUACGACAGGGAGUUCCUCCUGCGCUGCCAGUUCAUCAGUGCCAGUAUGCACAAGCCUGAGGGCCUGCCUGUUAUCAGUGACGUGGUGUUGGAUAAGGUGAACAAGACUCCACUACGACCUGCUGACCCAGCUCGCCUGAUGAGUGCUGGUCCUGAUUUUACUCCCUCAUAUUUGGGGAACCUUGGGAGCAGAUCAAUGGGAGGACCUCGAGGCCUGCUACCUGGGCCCCGUCGCUCUCAGCAGGGGCAACGUAAAGACAGAAAAAUUAUCAGCAGCAUGUCGCUAAAUGACGACGUGCAGCUCAGCAAGGCCGAGAAGGCCUGGAAGCCCUCUGUGAAAAAGCCCACCCGUGUCCGUGGUGAGGAGCCUGAAGAAGAUGAGCCAGAGCAGGCCAAGACUCAAGAGCUGUUCAAGCGUCUGCGGAGCAUCCUCAACAAGCUGACACCUCAGAAGUUUCAGGAGUUGAUGAAACAGGUGACAGAGCUGACGAUAGACACGGAAGAGAGACUGAAGGGAGCCAUUGACCUCAUUUUUGAGAAGGCCAUCUCAGAGCCCAAUUUCUCUGUGGCCUACGCCAACAUGUGCCGCUGCCUUAUGGGGCUGAAAGUCCCCACCUCAGACAAACCAGGAGUUUUUGUGAACUUCCGCAAACUGCUGCUCAACCGCUGCCAGAAGGAGUUUGAGAAGGACCAGGAUGAUGAUGAGAUCUUUGAGAAAAAGCAAAAGGAGUUGGAGGCUGCCAAAGAUGAUGAUGAGCGUGAGCGCUUCAGGGUGGAGCUGGAGGAGGCCAGAGAUAAAGCUCGACGCCGCUCACUGGGCAACAUAAAGUUCAUUGGUGAACUGUUUAAGCUUAAAAUGCUGACAGAGCCAAUCAUGCAUGAUUGUGUCGUGAAACUACUAAAGAAUCAUGAUGAAGAGUCUCUCGAGUGUCUCUGCAGACUGCUGUCCACUAUUGGUAAAGACCUGGAUUUUGAGAAGGCAAAGCCCCGUAUGGAUCAGUAUUUCAAUCAGAUGGACAAGAUUAUUAAAGAGAGAAAGACUUCAUCAAGAAUCCGCUUCAUGCUGCAAGAUGUUUUGGACCUCAGAAAGAAUAACUGGGUGCCUCGUAGAGGAGAUCAGGGUCCUAAAACAAUUGACCAAAUUCACAAGGAGGCAGAGAUGGAGGAGCACAGGGAACAGAUCAAAGUCCAGCAGCAGCUCAUGUCUAAGAAGGAAAGCGGCGGCAGGAUGGGAGGAAGCAUGGGUGGCAGAGGCCCUCACACACCAGGAGGUGGCCGGGUUAGCCAGCCUCAGGAUGAGGGGUGGAACACAGUCCCGAUCUCCAAGAACAGACCCAUCGACACCACCCGCCUUAGCAAAAUCACAAAGCCUGGUGCUAUGGAUUUCAACAAUCAGCUGUUAGCUCCAGGUGGCAAAGGCAUGUGGGGCAGCUGGGGAAAAGGCAGCAGCGGAGGAAGUGGAGCUAAACCAGCGAGUGGAGAUCAGGACUCUGGCCGUCCGGCUACCAGCACUCUCAACCGCUUCUCUGCCCUACAGUCUGGGUCAUUGUUGUCUUCAGCAGACACUGAUCGCAGAGUUCCUCAAAGAUCGAGUUCGAGCCGCGAACGUGGGAGUGACAGGGACAGGAGCGACCGCAACAGGGAACAAUUUGACCGAUUCGAUCGCAACGAGGGACGGGAAGGGAACCAAAUCACCAAGAGAAGUUUCAGCAGAGAGUCGCAGGAGCGUGGUGGGAGGGGAGGAGACAGCAGGGCUUCGACUGAACCUGUGCGUCGCGUCGCCAGCAUGACAGACAGUCGGGACAGAGGAAGCAGGGACAGAGGAAGCAGGGACAGAGGAAGCAGGGACAGAGGAAGCAGGGACAGAGGAAGCAGGGACAGAGGAAGCAGAGACAGAGGAAGCAGGGACAGAGGUCCUGACUUUGUCCCAGCUAAGCGUGAGAGUGUUCCCACUCCUCCUCCAUCUCUCCCUAAACCUUCUUUGACUGAAGAGGAGGUGGAGAAGAAGUCGAAUGCCAUCAUUGAAGAAUACCUCCACAUCAAUGAUGUCAAGGAGGCGUUGCAGUGUGUGGCAGAGCUUAAUAGCACCUCACUGCUCUAUGUGUUUGUGCGGAACGGUGUGGAGUCGACACUUGAAAGAAGCACCAUUGCUCGGGAGCACAUGGGCUUGUUGCUGCACCGGCUUGUAAAGGCAGGGACUUUGCCCACACAGCAGUACUACAAAGGGCUACAAGAGAUCCUGGAGGUAGCAGAAGACAUGGCCAUAGAUAUACCUCACAUCUGGCUCUACCUGGCUGAGCUUAUUACGCCUAUGCUCCACGAGGGAGGAAUCCCUAUGGGACAGCUCUUCAGGGAGAUCUCAAAGCCUCUUGUGCCUCUGGGGAAGGCCGGCGUGCUGCUGGUACAGAUCCUCAAGUUGCUUUGUAAAGAAAUGACCCCCAAGAAGGUCGGGGCUUUGUGGACAGAGGCGGGGCUGAAUUGGAAUGACUUCUUGGCCAAAGACAAAGACGUUAACAAGUUUGUCACCGAUCAGAAUGUGGAGUUCACCAUGGGAGAGGAGAUGGAGUCAAAAGAGGUUGGUAAGAAGAAGGUCCUCACUGGAGAGGAGAUCAGCAGACAGCUGGACAGACUCUUCCAGGACAAGGCCAACAAUCAGCGCAUCAGAGACUGGAUCGAGGCUAACUUGGACGAGCAGCAGACUGCUUCGAACCAGUUUGUACGAGCAUUGAUGACAUCAGUGUGCCAGUCUGCUAUCAUAUGUGACAACCCAUACAAGUUGGAUGCACAGGAGAUCAGCCAGAGAGCCUCUCUGCUGCAGAGAUACCUGUACGACGAGCAGAAAGAGCUGCAGGCCCUUUACGCCCUCCAGGCUCUGAUGGUGCACAUGGAGCAGCCUGCAAACCUGCUGCGGAUGUUCUUCGACGCCUUGUACGACGAGGACGUUAUUAAAGAGGAGGCCUUCUACGAGUGGGAAUCCAGCAAAGACCCCGCCGAGCAGACAGGCAAAGGUGUGGCCUUGAAGUCAGUCACCGCCUUCUUCACUUGGCUCCGCGAGGCCGAGGAGGAGUCUGAUAAGGACUAAAAUACUGAACUGAAAGCUGCCGCUGGAGCUCUGCAGGCAACCGUGGAGAGUUAUGGACAACAUUGUCAGAGGCAGACUCUAAUCAGUCCUCAAUGAGGAUAAAUCUUUAUUAUGGUUUUUUUUUUUUUUUUUUUUUUCCUUUUUCCCCAUUUCUUUUCUUUGAGGGAUGGACUCAGAAAACAAUCAUUUCUUUCUACCUUCCCUCUCCUGCUUCCUCAUUAUUUCCCCACAUGCUUGUUACAGCAAGUGUCCUCAUCAAAGUAAACUUGAAAACGGAUUCAGCAGGAUUGCUCAUUAGCGAGGUGUGAAGUAUCCCACAUCACUACGAAACUUUCUGUCAAAGUAAUACGAACCAGCGGGCUGCUCUUUCAUCCUUCUAGACAAUUCUAAUGCCGAACGUACUUUUUGAUCUACAAGAGGAAACAGCAGGGCGUGUGGUGUAGUGGGGGAGGGGGGGUAUCAACAUGCCAUAACCUGUGUGGAAGACACGGCUCUUAUGUCUUUGUCAUUUCCUGGAGUGUGCAGCAUGACUGAAGUGUUUCUAGUAAUGAUACAUGGACUGAACAUUACAGUGUAAAUGAACUAAUCUUAAUUUGACAGAUGGAGUUUUUAAAGCAAAGGUUGUCUAUUUUCUCUUCUUGUUUCCUAUCACAAACUUGCAGCGGACAGAAACAGAGGGCUGAUGUUGACCUUUGACCUUGACUACUAGGGGGUGGUCUUAAUGCUUCCUCUUAAGCCAUCCUCUCCCAUCCCCCAGUAGUGAACCACACUGACUUUCAUCUUUUACCUCUUCUGUACUUAAACCUGAGCUGUUGUAGAGGACACUUAACGAUCCAAUCACCGUUAAAACUUGAAAUCUACAGAAAAUUGACUUGAUAAAAUAUAUAAAGUUUAAAAAAAAAAAACACACACACACACAAAAA